AAGUCCUAAAUGAUGAAUAGUAUAAAAUACUUGUUGGAAUAUUCGGAGUCAUCCUUGCCUUUUCCCUAUCCUAUAGUGCUUUGGCAUUGACUUAAUCCAUAUUCAAGCCUUGAAUUUUCAAUAUAUUGUAUUAAUGAAAUUUAUACAAUUUAUUACAUGUAAUCCAAGGACUUUGAAUUCCAGUUCCAUUUUCAGCACUCAGAGAAUCCUAUAUAUCAUUAGGCAAACUAAUUGAUCAAUUCCAAAAGAUAGAGGCAAUCUCAAUCCUUAAAAAGAAAUUCGCUUCCAUAAUAAAUUUUGAAUUGUCCAAACCCUUGUAACAGCGCAGCAUUUCUUUAUCCCCCAUAAAGUACUCCAAUAAUAAUAUGUCUAUUUCUAAAGAUAAAGAGCUAGAUUUUUGCCUAUUUAAAAUGCUGAA